CGACAGCAACACGCAUGCACGUGAAGAGGAGCAGCUCGUGAACCACCAGCAUCCUUCUCGUUAUUUUCUAUUUUAUAGGAAAACUCACUUUUUUCUUUUUUUUGGUUCCUGAGAUAUCGGAGAGGAUGCUCGCGCUCCGGAUCAACAAGUCUCUCUGGUUUUUCACACAUUAACUGUGGAUGGCUGCGGAAUGGAGAUAGCCUUGGUGAGCUUUGAGAACGGCGGCGCUAAAGGGAGCGGUGGAGGUGGAGGUGGAGGUGGAGGAGGAGGUGGUGGAGGAGGAGGCAACAAUGCCGAGGAGAGCUGCCGGAACGCGCUGGAUGUCCCUCAGCCGGGCUUCGUUCAAACUGGACUUGGAGAGGACUACGGUAAAGAGCUGAACACCCGGGGGAGUCCUCAGCAGCAGCAGCAGCAGCAUCAUCCUCAUCAUCAUCUUCAUCAGCAGCAGCAGAGCUCCUGGAAAAUCAACGACAUGAACAACACUUUCAGCUGCAGCGAGAACGCCAUGGAUGCGCUUUUACGCGCGGACCACAGUCCCCAUCUGUUCGACGAGGACAUGCUGGACAUGAACAUGGACACGGAGAGCAACGAGAGGGUGCUCAUCAACAUCGCCGGGCUCCGGUACGAGACCCAGCUGGGCACCCUGAACCAGUUCCCAGACACUUUGAUGGGAGACCCCACCAAGAGGAUCAAAUACUUCGACCCGCUCCGGAACGAGUACUUCUUCGACCGCAACAGACCGAGUUUUGACGGGAUUUUGUAUUUUUAUCAGUCGGGGGGGAAGAUCCGCAGACCCGUCAACGUGUCCAUCGACGUGUUCGCGGAUGAGAUUAGGUUUUACCAGCUGGGAGAGGAGGCCAUGGAGAGGUUCCGCGAGGAUGAGGGCUUUGUAAAAGAGGAGGAGAAGCCGCUGCCUCAGAACGAGUUCCAGAAGCAGGUCUGGCUCAUAUUCGAGUACCCGGAGAGCUCCAUGCCAGCUCGGGGCAUCGCCAUCGUGUCUGUGAUCGUCAUCACCAUAUCCAUCAUCACCUUCUGCCUGGAGACGCUGCCGGAGUUCAGGGACGAGAGGGAGCUUCCGGUCACCAGCCGGAUGGACAACAGCACGGUGCCCCGGCCGUCCCUCACCUUUACGGACCCCUUCUUCAUCAUCGAGACCACGUGCGUCAUCUGGUUCACCUUCGAGCUGUUCGUGCGCUUCUUCGCGUGCCCGAGCAAGUCGGAGUUCUCCAAGACCGUGAUGAACAUCAUCGACAUCAUGUCCAUCAUGCCUUACUUCAUCACAGUGUGCACGGAGCUCGCGGAGCAGCAGGGCCAGGAGCACCAGAACGGGCAGCAGGCCAUGUCCCUGGCCAUCCUCCGGGUCAUCCGCCUGGUGCGGGUCUUCCGCAUCUUCAAGCUCUCCAGACACUCCAAGGGGCUCCAGAUCCUCGGGCAGACUCUCAAAGCCAGCAUGCGGGAGCUGGGCCUCCUCAUCUUCUUCCUCUUCAUCGGCGUCAUCCUCUUCUCCAGCGCGGUGUUCUUCGCGGAGGCGGACGAGCCGGAGUCGCACUUCUCCAGCAUCCCGGACGCGUUCUGGUGGGCUGUGGUCACCAUGACGACUGUGGGCUACGGGGACAUGAGGCCGGUGACCGUCGGGGGGAAGAUCGUGGGCUCGCUGUGCGCCAUCGCCGGUGUGCUCACCAUCGCGCUGCCGGUGCCGGUCAUCGUGUCCAACUUCAACUACUUCUACCACCGCGAGACGGACCAGGACCAGUCCUCCCUGAAGGACGAGCCGAACAGCGGCCGAGCGAGCCCCGAACCGAAGCGGAAGGGAAGUAAAUCGUCGACCAAGUCGCAGCAGGACGCGGAGAACAACGACGCGACCGCUUCGGUGGAGAAGGCGAACAUCAAAGCGAACAGCAGCAUGGACUUCAAGAGAUCCCUUUACGCGUUCUGCUUGGACACGCGGGAGACUGACCUGUAGUCCUGCAGGCCUCUCUUUAAAAAAAAUAAAAACUAAAAACGACUAAAGCCCAUAUUUGUUUAGAAUAAACCCCCAUUAAUGGGCUCUUAAGUCUUUGCACGUAGACAGUUGGAGGAUCAACACAUUUGCAAUCCUGAAAAGUUUUAAGAGCGCCGGGGUUGAUUUAUAAAAAGCGCAUUUUAAUCCUCAUCCGUUAGUGGAGUCCUGAACGGAACCACGGUGCAUGUGAUGCAACACAGCGGCCCUUUACAAACACCUAGUGGACUUUAGAACUCGUGGAGGAAUUUAAAAUGGGACACGUGCUGCAGAUAAUCAAGGACAAGCAGGACUUGGAAUAAUUACUCGACAUGGCGAGCAGGAUUAUCAGGAGCGAGCAGACUCUUGUAUUAAAGAAAAGCAGUCCAUGUUCAGUUAGUGGGAAAAAAAAAAGCCAAAUUUUAUUUUUCGUACCCUACAUUUAGUCAUUAUGUUUACGCCGGAAACAAAGGUGCAGCAGAUGUGUACAUAUUUCCCAAAGAACUGCUAUUUAUGAAUUGGAUUAUGCUGUUUUUUUGGAGAAAAAGAAAAACAAAGUAUAUUUUUGAGACGCCUGUUUAUCGUCCACUCAGGUUCUGUCAGAAGAAGUGAGAUACUUUUGUUUUCACUCAGAGGACCUGAAGAAGAUUUUUAGCCUUUAUUUAUGAUCGUUUUAAACAAAACAUUUUUUUAAAUUAUUUUAAAAAGAAAGGAGGACAUCAAAUGGAAGUAAAGUGAUGGAAUGACAGCCAAGAAAAGAGGACAGAGCAGAGACCAUCUGGAGAGAUCAAGCAGCACAGAUACCAGGUCAGUGUCAAAGAUCGGAUUAUUUAUCGGGUUUAAAAACGUCUUUUUGUGGCACUAAUGUCACUCCAUACAGGGAAGAGCUGGUGCUGAAAGAACAGCUCCUCAAGUAUGGAAUCACAGUAGUGUCGAAUGUGAAUGUUUUGAUUUAUACAUAUAUAUUUCAAUCAAAACAUUCACAUUGUGGUUGAAGUAUGUUUUAGAGUCAAAAUGCUGUUUUCGUGAACGGAGUCUGGUGUUUGUAGAGAUCGUAGACAGCGGCUUCAGUUGUCCGUCAUAAAGGUAAAGAGGUGAACAUAUUCUAAACAUAACGUACACCUGGACUGAUAUUGAGUGUUUUAGGUGUAUACGUUUUAUUUUCAGCUCUUGUUUAGCCUCUUUAGAGUCACCAGACUCCAUUGACAAAAACAGUAAUUUUACCUCAGAAGAAAGCAGGAGUUACAAGAAGCUCACUAACAGAUCCAACCAUCUCUUUCAGUUAUUUCCAAACACAACACAUCUGUUGUUGACUCAGCUGGUCUUCAUAUCGUUUAUAACCUCAUUGAUUAGCUCGCUUACGUAACGUACGUCAGUUGUUUUUAUUCGCAAAAAACACGUAAAAAGAUGGCAGAUGGAGUCGAUCUUUCAGGACUCAGGAGGUGAAGCUCGGCCUCGGCUGCGUUCAGGUGACGCGUGGUGACCUUCGCCGUUCAUCGUUCCUCUCGACUGAGCGAGCAGCAGGAUGAACGCAGAGUUUGUGUUUGACCCUUUUCACCGGAUGACAAGUUGGAAAUCUUUCAAAGCAGAUUAUAUUAGGCUUUUCCUGCGUGUGUGUGUGUGUGUGUGUGUGUGUGUGUGUGUGUGUGUGUGUGUGUGUGUGUGUGAGCAGAGUAGGGGAAAUUGAAUUUAGUCUUUUCAUCUAAUGCAUAAACAGAGACCAACAAUAAUGUUUCAUAUACAAGCUUGUUGUUUUUUAACUACAGACAACCUAGAAACAUUCCGUACAAAAUUAAA